AUGGCGGAACCGCAGACCCCAGAUCGCUCCGCGCUGGGAGAGUCAUGGGUGAUAGCGUCGCCUACAACAUCCACUACGUCCAAGGAGAAAGACCCCAAAGAUCACGAUCCAGCAAGCCCUACUCCACUACUCAAUGAAAAGCGACACAAGGGCCAUGGAAGAAGCAGCAAGACAGACUCAACAGAGUCUCUAUCUUCCUCAUCAUGGACUCUGACUGGCCCAGAGCUUAUCAUGCCCUCUAUAUGCGAAAUGCCCAUCUCAGAGGCAUCAUGGGUCGCGCCAUUGCAUCCAAACGACCAAUCUGGUAUACGAAAGCGUCGCAAGGUGUUGCCCAAGUCAACACCGCAAGAAGAACAGCAAGAUCCAGAUAGUAGUUCGACAGCCAAGUCCAAGUCCAAGGCCUCGGAGCACCAAUCUCCCAGCUUCAAAUCAAAGCUCGCAAGAUUGUGCAUGACUUUGCUCCGAAUGACCAUCAACAGCCUACUGAUCGCCGGCAUCCUCCACCUCCUCGUCCUCCCGGAACUCAUCCAACAAUUUCAACCCUUCUUCUGCGACUAUUCCAUCAUCAAAUCCACCUACCCCGAUAGCUGCAAACCCCUAGUGCCACGUCCAGUAUCUCCAUCAACUCCAAUGGCGACCCCAGAAAACACUCUCAUAACCGCACAAAACAACCUCGAAUCAAUCUUCACCGCCACCCUCUCAACCCUCACUCCAUUAACUCACGUUCUCCAAGAAAGCACAAACAUGCUCUCCGACCUCCACCAAACCCUCCAAUCAUCCCACCCAGAUGUCCGCAAUGCCCUGAACCUCGAAUUCACAGGCAGCGACGCUGCCCUCCGCGCUGCAACUUGGGAAUUUGAUUCCCUCCGCGCUGACCUCCGCUCCGCGAUCGACAGUCUCCUAUCUUCCCCGCCACAGGAAGCCGGGCCCCCGUCUAUCGCAAGAGAUACUCGUCUCGCGGCACAGUUCCAUCGGAGAGCACAAUACCUGGAUCGACUGCGCAGUCAACUCAAGACGAAAGCGGAUUCUCUAGUUACGCGCUUCAGUACAUUAGAUGAUCACCUCGAAGCUGUGGAUGGGAUUGUCGCGCGCGAGAGGAGAGCCGCCCUAGCUGGUGGGAAAAGACAUGGAGAUGGGAUUGGAAACGAAAAUGGAAACGAGAAUGGAGGAAUUCAGUAUAUGCUGAACUCGUUAUCGAGCUAUGCUUUUGGCGCACGUUCAUCUUCAGGUCAGACCGAGAAAGGCGAAAGUGAUGCCCCCCAGCCAACCCUUGCUUUACUCAGACUUGCGGCGACACAUCAUCGGCCUGUAGCGGAUGAGGUGUCAAGAUUAGCGAAGCAAUUAGGAGAACAGCGAGCGAGGUCAGGAUCACUAUGGUAA